CUGGAACCCGUGAGGACCAGUCGUCCAGCAUGCUCUGCUCACCGCAUCCCGAGGGGCACUGACCAUGAGCCUCAACUCCUCCCUCAGCUACAGGAAGGAACUGAGCAACCUCACAUCGACAGAGGGUGGUGAAGGGGGUGCUGUUUCUGAGUUCAUCGCCAUCAUCAUCAUCACUGUCCUCGUCUGCCUGGGCAACCUGGUCAUUGUCGUCACCUUGUACAAGAAGUCCUACCUCCUCACCCUCAGCAACAAGUUCGUCUUCAGCCUGACCUUGUCCAACUUCCUGUUGUCCGUGCUGGUGCUGCCGUUCGUGGUGACUAGCUCCAUCCGGAGGGAAUGGAUCUUCGGUGUGGUCUGGUGCAACUUCUCUGCCCUUCUCUACCUGCUGAUCAGCUCAGCCAGCAUGCUCACCCUUGGGGUCAUUGCCAUCGAUCGCUACUACGCUGUCCUGUAUCCAAUGGUGUACCCCAUGAAGAUCACAGGGAACCGAGCUGUGAUGGCUCUCGUCUACAUCUGGCUCCACUCUCUCAUUGGCUGUCUGCCGCCCCUAUUUGGCUGGUCAUCGGUGGAGUUUGAUGAGUUCAAGUGGAUGUGUGUGGCCGCGUGGCACCGGGAACCGGGCUACACCAUCUUCUGGCAGAUCUGGUGUGCCCUGUUUCCCUUUCUCAUCAUGCUAGUAUGCUACGGUUUCAUCUUCCGGGUAGCUAGGGUCAAGGCCCGAAAGGUGCACUGUGGCACGGUGGUCACUGUGGAGGAGGACUCCCAGAGGAGCGGGAGGAAGAAUUCUAGUACCUCCACCUCUUCCUCCGGCAGUAGGAGGAAUGCCCUUCAGGGAGUGGUCUAUUCAGCUAACCAGUGCAAAGCCCUCAUUACCAUCCUAGUGGUCAUUGGUGCCUUCAUGGUCACCUGGGGCCCCUACAUGGUUGUCAUUACCUCAGAAGCACUCUGGGGGAAGAACUAUGUCUCCCCAACCCUGGAGACUUGGGCCACAUGGCUUUCCUUUACCAGUGCCAUCUGUCACCCUCUGAUCUACGGACUCUGGAACAAGACUGUGCGCAAGGAGCUGCUGGGCAUGUGCUUUGGGGACCGUUAUUACCGGGAACCCUUUGUGCAGCGACAGAGGACCUCCAGGCUCUUCAGCAUUUCCAACAGGAUCACAGACUUGGGCCUGUCCCCACACCUCACGGCGCUCAUGGCAGGCGGACAGUCCCUGGGACACAGCAGCAGCACCGGCGACACAGGCUUCAGCUACUCUCAGGAUUCAGGGACGGAUGUGAUGCUGUUGGAAGAUGGCACUUCUGAGGACAACCUUCCCCAGCACUGCACUUGCCCACCCAAGAGGAGGAGCUCCGUGACAUUUGAGGAUGAAGUGGAACAGAUCAAAGAGGCUGCCAAGAACUCUCUUCUUCAUGUGAAAGCCGAAGUACACAAAUCCUUGGACAGUUAUGCAGCCAGCUUGGCUAAAGCCAUUGAGGCUGAAGCCAAAAUCAACUUAUUUGGGGAGGAGGCUCUGCCAGGGGUCUUGUUCACAGCACGGACUGUCCCUGGGGCUAGCUUUGGGGGCCGUCGAGGCAGCAGGACUCUUGUGAAUCAGAGGCUGCAGCUACAGAGCAUCAAAGAAGGGAAUGUCUUAGCUGCAGAACAGAGAUGAAGGCUUCAGAGGGGAGUGGGGCCACAACGGAGCUACUGGUACUGGUGCCUGUGCCAAGACCCUGGAACAUGUCACCACUCAGAGAAGGCCAGACGCUGGGAAGGAAACAUCUGGUAUGCAGCCAGUAGGAUUGAAAGUACUGUCUCCACUCUGACUUCAGUUGUCUUCUGUAAAGCACAUGUGGGCUGCUUCAGGGCCCCUGGGAUGGAGCGAGGCUUCCAAAGCACACGUUAGAAGCAGAUGGAGAUGUGGCUGGGGUUUCAGGAGGACUACAGAGGGUGGAUGUGAAAGGGAAGCCACCAUGUGGCUCUUGUCUUCACCGGGAUCCAGCUGCUGUAGCUGUCCCUGGUCUCAGUGAGGCCUCUAGAGGCAAUCCCUACUCUGUGCACCUCAUGGGGACAGAACGGCUCACCCUAGCACUGUCAGACCAUCUGGGGGCUCUGUGUGGUUGAUCCAGGCAGCGUGGGACCACAAGUACUAGACUAAAUGCAAAAAUAGUCCAGAGAGCACCCAGGAGUACAGCACCCUACAUAGACACCCUAUAUCUACUGCCCUAGUUAGGACUUGGUCUUCGGUAGCACCUGCUGCUGGCCAAUAGAAAUAGCCCACAGGCCACCUAAGAUGUGGCCACCCCACCCACUUCCUUGUUGACAGAAUUAUUAUUAUUAUUAUUAUUAUUAUUAUUAUUAUUAUUAGAAAAGAAGGGAGAAACCACUAUAAAAGACAAGGGUGAAUACCAAGCACUUCAUUUCCAGAAUAAUAAAACCAGGAGGUUAGGGCUUAUCACUAAGCCUGGGACUGUGAGGUCAUGCGCAGAUGGGAAAAACUUGGGGGAAAUCCCUCCCACGGGAGAUAUAGGAGAUGUUUGAGUGACUGGAAAACACAGUUGGCCUCACUUUCCAGAGGCAAUUGUGACUGUCAUCACAAGUUUAGGGCUGGCACAAGGUAGAAAGGGCAAUGGACCCGAGUUCAUAGCCUGGGUUCUUGACCCAGCUUAGCCUUUGUCUGCAUGUCAUCUGGGACAUCCUGUCCUGUCGCUAGGCCAUUUGGAGAAAAGAAAGGUAUGAGUUGGAAUAAGCAGCCUCUAUGAUAAUUCCAGCUCUAACCUUGGAUGUCUUCUGAAUCUGUAAUUUAAGAGAUGAGGACACACAGAACAUGACUGGCAGGCGACCCAGGAUCUGUAUACUGGGUGUGCCCAGUGAGCACAGGAAGAACACCUGCAUACUCUGGCCCUUGCCUUUGUGCUGUUUGGCCGAUUAGGGCAGUCCUAACUGCCGACUACUGAGAUGUGGGUAUGAAGAGGAUGCCACAGCUGAGGCAGGUGUGGGACAGUGGGUGGGGUUUGUUGGCUUGGACUCCUUGCUCUUUGAGCUAGAACGUGUUUGGGCUUUGAGUGCUUGCUGUGGGGGUUUGUAAGAAGAUCUUUUCUGCUGCUCUUAAGCCUGGGUGCUUUAGAUAAGUGAUGAGCAGGGCUGUCCACCACGCCGAGCAGAGGAAGAGUCUAAGACCGGAGGCAGCCAUGGUGUGGUUUGCUUUUCAAGUGUUUCCUGGGGGCUACCUGGCUCCUGGUGUGGCAGUGCCUUGCCUGUGGCUCCUGAGGCUUGGCUUGCCCCUCUGGGUGCUUGUCACCUACUCCAGGUCAGUUGUGCAGGGGAGGACGGGUCCUGCUCUUCUUGCAGCCCCUGUCUUCUCUCUGUAUUCUGUUCUCCUUUUCUAGUACUUGCCUAGUGCCUGGAGGGACCCUAUUCCCAAUUACCCAGUAUGCACCAAAGUGGAGCAUGCCCCUUAGGUACUGGUUGUCAGUCAGUACAAUGGAUUGGCUUAAGACUCAAAGGAUAGAGACUCUUUUCUGAUUGCCCUGGGCUAGGCUUUAUGCAAAGGAUGCUGAGACCUCUAACACCAGGAGUCUCUGGUAUUCAAGAGGAGGUAUGACCUCCCUUUUAAAGGAUUGGAAGCCUGCUCAUCUGCCUAACACUGGAUCUGUCAGCACUUCACCAAGCACCAUUACCAGAGAGGAGAGGAGAGCACAGGUGUCCAGAUGCUGAUGCUGUGGGGGAAUGUAGAGCAUCAGCAGAGAUGACAAAGCUGUGGCUACUCAGGGUCUGAGUAUUCCAGCUAGGGUGCUGUGGUUGAGCCAGCAAAGCAGGUGACCAUCUGGACUCUGUCUGGGGGGAUUUUUAGGAGCCAGAACCAUGGUUUUGCAUAUUCAGGGAUUCUGGUUUGCCCAAGUGAGCUAGAGAGAAGUGGACUGGGGAGAGAGGGAGAGGUUGGUCCUUAUAGUCUCUUGUCCUCGUUGGAGGACUCCUGCCUUUUGUGCAGAAGCCCAUCAACCCGAUUAAGCCCUGGAAUGUAAUGGCAAAACCUGCUGCAAAUUACCUUGUAGUGGCAGGCCUGAGACCUUCCCAGGGGAACCAUAGGGAGUGGUAGGUGGGACAUUUGGUCACUUGUUUUGCUUUAAAUACCUCAGUCCUUCUGAUUCUGACAAGAUCACUUCUAGGGCCGUGGCCCACCUCUGCUGCUGCUUUACCAAGACUUUAUCCUUGUCUUGGUUCCUGUGCUGUAUUCCAGAUGCCAGCCGUGUGACCUGCUGCAUCCAAAAAGGCACCAGGUCCAGCACUGUAGUGUACACAGCUCAGCACCUUGCUUUUCCCAGGCCAGACAACCCAAAUGGGAGUUCAAGACCUUAGCCCUUAGAUGGCAGCAGUAUUGUUGUGGAGAGGAAAAAACAAACACAAGAACAAAACAUGGUGGCUUGUCCCUGAGCCCUGCCAUAACUACAAGUCCCUAGCCUUGUAGCUGAUUCUUACCUUAUAUAUGCGACCUCUGUUGAAGUUCACAGGAACUAUCUGUACUGGGUUGUGCGAUCUUAAAUCACUGCACCAUGGCCCAUGGGUGCUAAUGUUCAUAGAUUUCUCAUUUGUGUAACUGAUUCCAUCUUUCAGCCAAGAGUUAAACCAUCCCCCCCAGGACAAACUCAGUAUUAGCAACAGACCACUGUAGUUUGGGACUAGACAAGAGGCAGAAAAUAAUGUUGAUACAGAGAGAGGGCUCAGUGGUCUGUUGAGAUGGAAUAAUUAGGAGUGCUUUUUCAAACAGACAAUGUGCUCCUUAGCCUUGCAGAUUAGGGAGACAUUCCUCAAUGAAUCAUGAGAUGAACUCAGGAUACAUGUCCAGCCUCAUUUCAUACCUCCUGCCUGUGGGGAAGGAAUAGUGAGGGUGAUGUGGCUGAACAAGAGGGGGCCACUGUGUGCUUCACUUUAAAACGCCUAAGAGCCCAUUAGGUGCUAGGCACUAAUUGAAGACUUCAAAUGCACCAUUUCCCUUUGCUUCAGGCAGGUGGGAUACAGUAGGGAUGGUACAGGUGUGUGAUGGCUGUGGGUUGAGAUUUCAGCUUGCUAAUUAACUAGCUAGGUGUUCGGGGGCAAAUUACUCUCUAUUCUUGCAUCUGUAAAAUGAAGUUUUGUAAUCUACUUUUAUAUAGGGACACAGAAUCCAAGGAUAAUACUGCCUGCAUGGGGUGCUUGGCAGAGGACAGAAAUGCUAGUGGUGCAUCCAGCACAGGACAUAGGUGCAGGGAGACCUGAGCCACUGGCCUUGCUUCUCAGUGUGUCUAAUGGGGCCAACUCCUUUCUGUUUUACAGGGAUCUCUAAUACCAGGAACCUUCAAAAGACAUGUUAUCCAAUUCAGGAUAAUUAUGUUGAGGGUUGUUGCCUGGGGACUUAUUUCCUAUUCAGUACAAAAGGGCUUAAUGGAAGUGAAGGAAUUCUGACAAGAGGCAGACAAUAGAGAGGAGGUUGGAAAAGCUGAGUAGGAUCUGGAAUGCAAGAGGUUAGUAGGAACAGAAACGGGCAGUCUUCAUUCCCCAUGAAUGGCCUGAUUGCACACAAGUAUUUCUACAUUACUCUGAAUUAAAGAUGAUCUGUAGAAUCCCAAAGGACAUCAAACAACGUUGACCUUCCUUAUACCCAAAAAGAAUGUCUUACCCCACCCCAAUGCCAUUAGGUGCUGAGGACUGCUCUGUCCAGCAGUGACAAGUGUCUGGCUCCCAGUUCCCAGAGCUCUUGUCUUCCAAGCCCUGGUGGAAGAUGUAGAGGAUGGAUAGGUGUCCAUGCCAUUCCCUAGAGUGUUAAGAACCAGAGGAAGCCUGGCGAUGAAGUAAGUGAGUUAUGACAUGAACCACAGGAACAUGGAUGUGGCCAGCCAUGAAUGGCUACAAGGAGGGACAGGCAGGUACUGUUCUGUGGGUUGGGGAGAGAGACGAUGAGAAUCCAGGAAGACCAUAGAAAAGCUGUGUCUUAAAAUGAGCUCAGGGCCAAAUCACUACGUCUUGGUCAUGAGGCUGAGAGAAGAUCAAGCCCGUAGCCCAAGGAGAGUGAGGCACAGGUUGGUUAAAGGUCAUCCUUAGCAGAGUGGGCCAGUUGGGUUUUAUUAGAUAAGAAACAAGGAGCUCCAGACCCCUGUCCCCUGGACUCCCCCCCCCCAAAAGUCCCAAUGUCAGGUGAUCAUCUAUUGGAAAGAAUUCAAAGCACAAACACUGAUCUGCACAAGAAUACCACAAGCACAAUUCUGGUCAAUGUAAAUUGCAUUUAUUUAAAAUGAAUUUUUAAAAGCAGUAUUAAUGGCUUAGGAGACAGCAGUCACUUCUGGUUUUCCUUCUGACACCAUUUGAAACACCAAAAAUCACAAACGAGCCAGUUCUUCCCAAAGACCAUGCUAAGUGUGGUAGAAAGCCUGUACGCCUAGGAAUGGAUCUACUGGUGGAAUAGGCAUGCUUACAAAUGUCCUGUGUUCUGUUCUGAUGAUGAUGUAUACCUGAAGGAAGACAUGGUUAAAAACCAACUUCAAAAAUAAAAACCCAACCUAAUCCUGACAUAUAUUUAACUUGAAGUUUUGGAUGGUGUUUUUGAGUAUAAAAUUGUCUGGGUUAUUAUAUGUAAAUCAGUAUUUAUGAAUAAGUAAAAGUAUUUAGACUAGUUUUGUUUACCUGAUUAAAUGUUUUUGGAAUGUG